AUGGAGAACAUCACCAAGGUGUCCAGCAGAGCCUGGAUCUGCAGGAAGCUGAAUUCAAUCUACAGGUGCCAGCCAGGUCGGCUCUGGGUCUUCUUCAGCCUCCUCAUCCUCCUCUUGGUCACCCUGCAAGUUGUGGAGAAGCUGCAGCCUCCCAGGAGCUGCCGCUGUGAGCUGGAGCAGAGCACCCAGCAUGGCCAGAAGAGGUUCAGCUCUGCCCUCCAGAGCCCUGAGCUGCUAUGGGAGGAGGAUCCCCCCGGGUGGCAGAGGAAAGUCAAGCCCCAGCUGGCUGCCACCGAGGGCGUGCAGGACAUCUUCCAGGUGGAUCUCUACUUCAGUCAGGAGACCCCGCUGGGAAGGAGCCCAGGCAGCCCAGAGGAGCACUGGACAUGGCAGCCCGUGGAGAGCAGCAAGGAGUGGCUCAGACACUCCUCAGCAGCUCAACCCCCACCAGCAGAGGACUUGGAUAAGACAGACCUGGAGAGGGGAUUUUUCCCAAGCCGGACAAAAGCCUCUAAGGGUGGUGAGUUGCCUCUUGGAGAAGGACAUCAGGCCAGAGGGGUCUUCUCUCCAGGGGAGAUGUGUGAGCCCAAGACUGACAUCGUUUUCCUCAAAGUCCACAAGAGCGCCAGCAGCACCGUCAUGAACAUCCUCUUCCGCUUCGGGGAGACACACAACCUCACCUUUGCCUUCCCCUCCGGGGGGGGAAACCAGCUCUUCUACCCCAACCACUUCUUGGCCAAGUUCGUGCAGGGAUUCUCUCCCCAGAGCCCUCAAAGGUUCAACAUCCUCUGCCACCACAUGCGGUUCCUGCAGCCGGAGGUCGAGAAGGUGGUGCCCAGCUCGGCCGUCUACUUCUCCAUCCUGCGGAACCCGGUGCAGCUGAUGGAGUCCUCCUUCGCCUACUACCGCGGCGCCUCCGCCUUCUCCCGCGCCCGCAGCCUGGACGAGUUCCUGAGCCAGCCCCGCCGCUUCUACGACCCGUCCAGCAGCGACCGCCCGGACCCUCAUGGCCUUCGACUUCGGGCCAUCGAGGCCUCCUUCGACCUGCUCCUCAUCUCCGAGUACUUCGACGAGUCGAUGGUGCUGCUGAAGGAGACGCUCUGCUGGGACCUGGACAGCGUGGUCUCCUUCCCCCUCAACACCAGGGACAGCCGGGCCAAAUCGCGGCUCUCCGGGGCGGCGGUGGAGAGGAUCAAGGCGUGGAACCGGCUGGACUGGGAGAUCUACACCCACUUCAACAGGACCUUCUGGGCCAGGAUCCAGCGGGACAUCGGGACUGAAUAG